AUGCUCAGGCUGAUGAUUGACGGCGGAAGUCAGCGUACCUUUGUCAAGAAAGAGGUUUCACAGAAGAUGGGACUGCGUGUGAUGGGAGAGGAGACCCUGAAAAUAAUGACAUUUGGAAACGACAAGCCGUCUUCAGGAAUGAAGUGCCGCCGAGUGGAGUUAUGGCUGUGCAGUCGACACAACGAAAGAAAGAUCCGCGUUGAAGCGCUCGAGAUCCCACAAAUCUGCUGCGACACCGUGCCAGCACCUGAAGCUUCCACCGUCAACUACCUCGAAGAGCAAGGCCUCGAACUCGCCGACAGUACGCAAGAUGGAGCAGAGAUAGGGCUGCUGCUGGGAUCCGAUUUCUACUGGGAGGUCACAACCGGUAGUGUCAGGCGCCUGGACAGCGGUCUCGUAGCCGUGGAGACCAUUUUUGGCUGGACCCUGCAGGGGACAACGCACACCACAGAAUCAACCGCAACGUACGUGUCCACUGUGGGAGUGUUGCACGUGGCUGUCAUCGGCGAGGAAGAUCAAGACGACACUGCUGCUCAACUGAAAUCGUUUUGGCAGCUCGAGCACAUUGGCAUUGUCGACGAAGGAGAGGCGGACGUGGAAGACAACCAAGUUUUGCGGGAAUUUCGGGAGAACGUCUCCAGGAACAACUGCCGAUAUCAAGUUUCCCUUCCCUGGAAAGAGAAUGCUGCCGAUUUGGCAGACAACAAAGCCACGGCUUUCAGUAGACUCAGGUCGUUGACGACAAAAUUGAUGGGCAACAAUGACCUUAUGCGCGAUUAUGACCAGGCGGUUCGGAACUAUGUGCUUGCUGGACACGCAGAAGAGGUCAUCGGACUGGAGAGCAUACUUGAUUUUGACUCUCCUAUCAGAGACAUCACAUAA